ACCGUGCGGACAGCAGGUAUUCGAGUCGAACCCAACGACGAUGACAACGCCAGCCGACACCCUUCGUGCCUCCAUCGAAGCUCACAAUGACACUUUUGAGGCGCUGCUUCGUCUCAUCCCUCCGAAAUACUACUUUAUCAAAGACGAUGCAGGGGGUCCACAGGCAUCGAAUAAAUACAUGAAACACAGCAAAAAAAAGAAGGCACCCAAACAAUCUGUGAAGGAGGCGUCCAAGAAGGCGCGCCGCGAAAAGCUUGAUCCGGAUAACCACAAGUCUAUCGUGGACAUUCAAAACGAAACUGCCGUUCGACUCGAAAAUUCUAGAAAAACGGAUAAAGGAAAACAUGUCGUUUCCACACCUCCGCAUUCGCCACAUUCUGACUCUGAAGAUGGGGGCGAAGACGAGGAUGAAGAAGAAAGGGAUGACGCGAUGCAAUUAGACGGCGAUGAGGAGGAAUCGCGGGCAGCAAACGAGGAAACGCCGAUUGAAAUGGUACCGAUGCGUCCCACCGAGAGCGUAACGUUGCUCAAGGAAAAACUUCACGCACGUAUGGCGGCGUUGCGUCAAAGUGGUGGAGGCGAGCCAGGUAACAAGGACGAAUUGCUGGAAGAACGAAGAAAGCAGCGUGCGACGCUUCGAGAAAAGCGUAGGAAGGAGACAAAGGAAAGGAAGAGAGCCGAGAAGGAGAAGGCGAAAGGAAAGAAAAAGGAUGUGGAUGCACAAGCGAGUUCUGCGUCUAUCAAGAACCAAUUACUCGUGAACGACUCCGGCUUCUCAGCAGGACUAUCUAAUAGUCAUGAUGCCCCUCUCACGAGUAUUGCGUUUUCCGCCAUUGCAGGUUCCACGAGCAAGAAAGCCGCGCAGCUAAAGUCAUCUAAUAAUCCGACCCACGCGUUGUCACAGCUGUCAGCACGCAAAGAGAAGCUUGCAUCUCUACCGGAGGAAAAACGUAAAUCCGCGCAGGAGAAAGAACGGUGGUCAAAAGCAGAGGCACGUCUCGAAGGUGUGAAGGUGAAAGAUAACGAAGCUCUUCUGAAAAAAGCGGUCAAGCGGAAAGAAAAGGAGAAGGUGAGGAGUAAGAAGAAAUGGGAUGAGCGGAAGGAGCAAGUUACGGCGCAGAUGGCUGCUAGACAGAAGAAGAGGACGGACAACAUUGCCAUGCGACACGAGAGACGGAAUGAGAAGCGGAAAGGAAAAGGAAAGCCAAAGGCCAGACCAGGCUUCGAGGGCAAAUCUUUUGCGAAAGGCAAGGGAAAGGCGUCGGCGAAGAAGUAGUGUAUACCAGAACUGGUGUCUUCUUGAUAGGGGUCAUUUUACUUCAUGCAGUUAGACAUCGACG